GCACUCCAUUUUAAAGAAGGUUCAGGAGUCAGACGCCUGUAUCGGUCUCCGAAGUUUGGGGAAAUUCAUGUUGUUUAACGUGAUUUAAACGUGGUUUUAUGUCCCGCCAGAAAAGAAUCGAAUAAAUAUACGUUUCAAUACGUUUUAUAUCGGUACGGCGGGAUGUGACGGUUUGCGUUCCUUCUUUCGACUAUCCAUCACAUUCGAUUCUUUUGCCUGAUCUGGGUUAGAAGAUAGAGGGAAUUCCGGAAACAAUGGCAUCUGAGCAAGCAUCUAAGGAUCUCAAGAUCAAGCGGAGAACAGCAAAGGCGAAACUAACUCGGCUGUCAAAUGGUUUGCAACAUUUACUGGACGAUGACAGGGAUCUUGAUGAGGUAACUGAUAUGUUUAAGGAUUUGAAUGUUGCUUAUCAGGAAUUGGAGGACAGGCACGAACGGUACUGCGAGACAAUCGUAGAUGAUGAGGUAUUCAUGACAGAGGAUGCCUGGCUAUCUGAGUGUCAGACAUCAUUCCUUGACAUGCAGAGAAAGGUUAAGGACUAUGGCAAGACUAAAGUUAGGUCUAACAGGUCAACAGAGGAUUCAGUUGUAAACGCAGCUGCUCCCGAAGUCACUACCAGUAAAUCGGAAGAGGUUUCGUCAUGUAAAGUCCAGGUAGAGCGACCAAAGCUGCCUCGAUUUACUGGAGACGUACGAGAUUACAUGACAUUUAAAUCAGAUUUUAAGCAUCUAGUCGACUCGAGGUAUAGCAAAAGAGAUGCUAUCACAAUUCUGAGAUCUUCUCUAUUAGGAAAACCUCUUGAUCUCAUACGUGGUUUAGGGAACGAUUACGACUCGGCAUGGUCUCAUCUUGACAACAUUUACGGAGACCCGAGAUUGGUAGCUGAUGCUAUCGUCUAUGACUUGGGGAAGUUUCGACCUCUCAAAGAUGGAGAGGAUGGCCGAUUCUGUGACCUUGUCCAUCUUAUCAGGAGAAGUUACAACUCACUGCAAGAAGUAGGUAGAGCGAAUGAUAUGGACAACAAUCAUAUGCUUUCUUUGAUAGAGAGAAAAUUAAGCAGUGACGACAGAAAGCUAUGGCUGAGAUUCAUUGACAGGGAACGAACAGAUGCAUCACUCCAUGCAUUACUUUAUUGGAUGGAACUGGAAUUGAAGACUAGAAUAAGGGCAUCUGCUCCACUUCGUGACAGUAGAAGUUCUACAAUUGGUCAUAUCUCUCAGGAUGACGGAAGCAAUGAAAGAAAGCCCGACUUUAAAUGCUGGUUAUGUGAGACGUCUGAUCAUUGGAUCGAUCAGUGUAAGAAAGUGCUUUCGAAAACCCAAGAAGAGCGAUAUCAACUGAUGAAAGAUAACAGGGCGUGCUUCAGCUGCCUCAAGAGAGCUGGUAAGGAUCACAACAUGAAGACAUGCAGGCGCAGGAAAAGAUGUAAUGAGGUAAUCAAUACUGGCGAGCAGUGUUCUUCCUACCACCACCCUUUGCUUCAUAGACAGAUUCAGACAGGGAGUGUGGAUAUUGCCAGUAUGACAGGAACAUCUGCGCUUCUGCCUGUGCUUAAAGUAAAGAUGUUGAGCCCGAAUGGAAAUUGCGAAGGAAAUUGUCUCCUAGACUCGGGAGCUCAGAUGAGUCUUGUAAGGAACGCAGUAGCAGGAGAGUUGGGACUGAAAGGAAAUCCGACUGUCGCGAAUGUUACCAAGGUCGGAGGUGAAACAGAGGAAUAUAACACUAUGCUGUACAAGGUGAAAGUUCAAGGGAUUAAUGGUCAUCAGAGUUACACUAUUUCUGCAAUAGGACUUGAUGUCAUUAAUAACGGCAUUACCAGAGUUAAUGUGGAAGGACUAGGACGGAUCUUCAACCUGAGGAAAGAUGAAAUUCACAGGGAAGGUGGGCCGAUCGAUAUCCUCAUAGGAAUUGACCAUUCCAAGAUGCAUGUAGGGUACACGAAAAGACAAGGGAAUCUCGUGGCCCGUUGCUCACCGUUAGGCUGGGUCAUUUUCGGAAGUACUACAGAAGGAUACCCAGAAGGAGCAGUUCUCCAUGUCACGGUAAACAGCCCUUUAGACCUCAGACAAUCCUUGACAACAGAAGGAAUGAAAGUAUGCAAUGAUCCACAGAGAUGUCAGCCCAGUAAGAUGACUGAACAACAAGAUGAGGAGUUUCGAGUUAUCAGUCCUUCAUGUGAGAAGAUGGAAAAGCGAUGGCUCGAACAAAAUCCUCGGCGGAAAGACCCUAGCCAGUGGCGGCAUAUUCCCCGGAAUGUAAAUGUCGCAGAUGAACUCAGCAAAGGUGUUAGCCCGGACAAGCUGAAUGACAAUGGGAAAGAAGGUCCUGACUUCCUUCUUAAACCAGUGACAGAACGGCCCGCCGUAGCAAAGCUUGAGGAAAAGCUUCCUGAGGUAGACAGAGAAAUGCGAAGGGAGAGACCAGUUUUGACUGUACAAGAAUCAAAAUCCCAAGAUGUGAUCGACUGUCAGCAAUAUUCUAACUGGAGGAAACUUGUGAGGGUGACUUCAAACGUCCUGAAGUUCAUUAGAAAGCUGAAGUCCAAGUCCAAGAGAAUGGUAGAUGAGGACGUUAAAGUCUCAAACGGUAACCUGACACCAACUGACAUACAGAAAGGAGAGGACCAUUUGAUAAAGUGUGCUCAAGUAUCUUUGAAGCCCAGAGUAGACAAAGGAGAUCUAAAGGCACUCAAUUCGUAUAGGGAUGAAGCAGGAAUUAUCCUCGUUCGACGGGCAGUAGAUAGUGCUGACAAGCUAUUAGCCAUGAAGCAUCCGGCUUUACUCCCUUGCGAACACUGGAUCUCAACCUUGAUUAUUAGGCAUGUUCAUGAGGAUGGUCAUUACGAUGUUACUAUGACUACUGCAAAGGCCAGGAGAAUGUACUGGAUCUUGAGAGCACAUGAUCUAGCCAAGAAGAUAAAGUUCGGAUGUGCAGCAUGCAGAACUUUUGAACACAGACUAGAAUCCCAGGGGAUGGCGGAACUACGGAGAGAAAAGCUACAGUCGCAUUCACCGCUAUUCCACUACUCAUCUUGCGAUUACCAGAGGCCGAUAUGCAGAACAACCACAGACCCUGAUGACAGGAGCUACUUAAGUCCUAACAUGCCUAAUGACAUGCUGUUAGGACGAGCUUCAAGUGAUGUAGCUCAAGGAGAAACUACAAGUCCAAGACAUUGCGCCGAACUAGUACAACGGAUUGUCGACUCAUUCUGGCAUCGAUGGACCAGAGAUGUUCUGUCACUACUUACACCCAGACGGAAAUGGAACACAGAUCGUCGGAACAUUCUCGUGGAUGACGUAGUUAUGAUGACCGACUCCAACGAAGAACGUGGAAAAUGGACAAUUACACGUGUUGUUCAACUGUACCCAGGACAAGAUGGUAUAAUUCGCAAUGUGAAUGUAAAGACAUUAAAUGCAGAAUAUUCCCGACCAAUAACGUAAAUUGGACUCAUCUGUCCUGCGGAAGUUUAUGAAGACUAAACUCAAGAAGAGAAGAUUCAGAAGAUGAAAGGUGAAGAAAGAAGAUGAAGGAAACAAAGGAUAGUGAAGUAUAACGUAAUGUAUAACUCAUGAGACUAACAAUAUAUAAUACAUCCCGAACUAAUCAUGACAAAGUCUAACAAAAAUGAAGAGACUAACCAUAAUAUUAAAUACAACACUGAAUGUAACCAUGGUAACGAUAAUUGCAAUGCAAGUUUAACUGAAUAGGUGAAAGUAAGCAUGUAACUUUGUAAUGUAAUAUGGACUUUGAAAAUUUAUGACAUGUAAUAUGUGUUGUUAUGAGGAAACAAGACAUUCCUCAUGGGCGGGGAGGAUGUUUCGCCCAGCGAAAAGAUUGUUUGCAUUUAAUACCAAUAUUUGAAAUAUUUAAUUAUUUGAAUUUAUUUCCCCUCAUUUACUUAGGAUACCGUAGAAUGAAACACAUUUCUUUUUGUUAUGCAAAUUAAGCCCGCUAAGCUAAGCGGAGCUCUGUACAAAGGUGACGUGUCGCACUCCAUUUUAAAGAAGGUUCAGGAGUCAGACGCCUGUAUCGGUCUCCGAAGUUUGGGGAAAUUCAUGUUGUUUAACGUGAUUUAAACGUGGUUUUAUGUCCCGCCAGAAAAGAGUAAGUGUUCUGGAAUUCAUUUAAUCUUUGAUAUGUUUCAUAUUUUGUCUGACAAGUUGGAUAAAUUCAAUUUAAAAUGUCUCAAUUUGCCCGGUUUAGCAAUAACAGCAGGGCGUUUAGGUUUUCGGCCCGGUUUCCGGUUUCUGGUUUCGGAUUUCCGGUUUUCUGUUUUUUUUAUCUAGAUUCAUAAUGAAUUAUGCUAAUUAAGUGUUGAUCCACCAAAGUGUAAAUUGUAUGUUUGUAUUAAGAGCUUAUUAUUUGCAAAAUGAAAAGGAAAAUAGUAAUGUUUUUGAUAUAACAGAGCAGAUUAGUAUUUGCAUAAAUAGAUAAACUUAUGAACACUAAAUCAAAACAAGUUUUGAUUUAGGGUCAAAUCAUUUCGGAAUCAAGUGAAUGUUUAACUUCAUUGAUGUAUGAAGAAAAGUAUUUGGUUAUUGCGUUUAUAUUUACAAACGAAAAGACGUGUUGUAUUUUAAUUACUGGCAAAGGAAUUAUUUAAUGUAGUAGCCAAUUGUUACUGUUUGUGAAAAGAAAUAGAAACCGAAUGCAUAUAUAAGCUUUGCCUUGUUAUGAUAAAGUAGAAUUAUGUUAUAAUUAUGCAAGAUAAGCAGUUACUUAAAUCAAUAUGUAUAGCUGGACAACAAAUUGAGAGUUAAAGAAAGUUAUGACUAAUUUCAAGUAAAAGGAUUGAAAAAUCUCUGUUUAUUAUUUGAGGAAACAGAUGUGAAUUAUAAUCAUUAUUUCGAUAACAAUUCGGUUUCAUAAUCGUGAUUACAUUGGUUUAAAAGACAAUAGACAAUGAUCAUUCAUGUAUGAGAACAACAGUUAAAUAAUUACACGUGAAACAAGAUGCAGUUUAUAAAGCAAUUGUAUUUAUUGAUUUACUGUGAACUGAAUCAUGAAUUCAUUUUGUGUAAACAAAAUACUUAUUAUUGUUUUUUAUUUUGUUCAAACAGAUCGAAUAAAUAUACGUUUCAAUACGUUUUAUAUCGGUACGGCGGGAUGUGACGGUUUGCGUUCCUUCUUUCGACUA